GUACAUCUGAUCAAAUGCAGGUGAUUUCACACCUGCCGUCCCUGUGGUCGCUGUUGGGUUUUCCUUCCACACAUGGAGCCAUCGGACAACGUUGGGGGCCUGAGUCACAAGGUGGAGAGCGUGGCACUGAGAGAAGGUCCUGCUGCUGAAAGCUCUGUUGGACAGAAGGAGAUUUUGUCUGCAGACAUGCUCAGAAUAAAGCAGCAGAUGUCAAACCAGUGCUUUGAGAUGGCAGUACAGCUCAGUGCAGGGAAAAGUAAAAGAUCAUGGAGCCCUUCUGAAGCAGAGAGACACUUGCCAGACUACAUCAGCGAGCUGGAAAAAGUCAAGACGCUACACUUUAACAUGACACUGGCUCUGCACAGAAUGCAGAUGUGGAAAGCUUUAGAAGAGAAAAUGAAGCAAAGUGAUGGAGACACGGCCUUCCUGAAAGGCGUGAGUGAUCGCUGCAUGGCUUUGUGUUCCCGCAUAAAACAACUUCAGCAAGAGACCAGACAUCUUCAAGAUGAAAUUACGGAAAUGCAGAAGAACAGACUUGAGAUGAAGCGGCUCACACAUGAAAAAAUGAAAGAAAUGGAAGACUUGAUGUCCAGAAAGGAGCACCCUGAUACAGAAAAGUUCAAAGCUGCAUUGGAGAAGGGCCAAACGAACCUGGAGAAAUAUAAAAAGAUGACUGUCAUGACACAGAAUGUCUUCAGGGGUAUUCUUUUGGCCUGUAAAGUCAACUGGUUGAACGACCCCAAACUUCGAGACAUUGUCAUGACGUUGGAGGAGUUUCCCAUCUCUGACUAAAAAAGGAGUUGAUUUAUUUAUUUUUUUCACCCCUUAUUAAUUUUAUUUUUCAUCCC